UGCGGUGACGCUUUCAACGACAAAACUUGUUUCAAAAUUUCCCAUCAUUCAUCAUUCCGUGGGCUGCAGAAAUUAGCUUAGUUUCAAGAAAUGGCUUGUCUCUUUUACAAAACCAGACAUAUCUUCAGUUGUGUUUCGGUACACUGUCGUCUGUACGUACGGUUAUUACAAAGAAGACCUUGUCCUCACUUUCAGAAAUGCGCCAUCGCUACAAGAAAAACCGGAGAUAUAUUUAACCCAGCCACUGGAAGUACGAGCGGCGCCCCUGAGCAUGUCAAGCCGGUACUGAAGGUCGCCAGACUUUCGGAAAAUGCUACCAUCCCAACAAAGGCAUCAGCGAAAGCCGCCGGUUAUGAUCUGUACAGUGCUUAUGACUACUCUAUAGCCCCAAUGGAAAAAGCUGUAAUAAAUACUGAUAUCCAGAUCGCCGUCCCCCCUGGAUGCUAUGGUAGAGUGGCACCACGAUCCGGAUUAGCUGUAAAACACUUCAUAGACGUCGGAGGUGGAGUUGUAGAUGAGGAUUACAGAGGGAAUGUCGGUGUUGUCCUUUUCAAUUUCAGCAAAGAAACAUUUCAAGUCCGCAAAGGGGAGCGCAUCGCCCAGCUGAUCUGUGAGAGAAUCUGCCAUCCCGACCUGGAGCAGUGUGAGGCACUUGAUGAAACAGAACGCGGGGCUGAUGGUUUUGGAUCGACUGGUCGAAGCUGACUGACUCUAUUUUAAAUGUUAUUAUUUGGAUACUUGAACUUUAUUCGGAUUUUUAUUUUCUUACAUAAAGUGUAAUAGCUUUGGAA